AUGGCGCCCACAAAAGCACGUUCGCUGGCUGACCAGCUUGCGGAUUUAGAAGAUCCGACUCCAAAGGACUUCGAUCCCGAAGAUCUUGACCGUGAUGUUUCCUCCAGCGACGAGGGCGGCGACAAAACGUCUGACGCAAAUGCUGGAAGAGAGCAUUAUCAGGCUGUUGGGAAGGGAAAGCUCCGAAAACAAGAGGGCAUCAAGCUGGGAAAGGAGUACGCAGGUGCUCGUGUAAGCAGGGAUGCUCUCAACGCCGAUAGUGAUGAUGACCCGUUUGCGGCCCACUCUGGGGAGAGCGACGACGAUCAAGAUUCAGACGAGGAGAUCGACUCCAACGCGGAGGAGGACAACGACGGCGCACUUACAGGCUCAGACUCUGCGUCUGACGUAGACCUCGACGGGUCCGAAAAUGAAGAUGAUGACGAUUCGGACGACAUCACUAGUGGGGAGGGGGACGAGGAUGACGGGACUGAAGCGAGUGAGAGCGAUGACUCCGACGAAGGCGCACCGCCGACGGCGAAGCGGAAUGCGAAAUCUGUCAAGCACGGCAGUGCGAAGCCCGAUGAUCGAGAGGAACUGCGAAGAUUGAUGGCCUCCGAUCAGAAAACAAUAGCUGCUACUAUCUCUCAAGCGGCCAAAGCAGACGCUGCCAAGGGAAAGGCUGUUAAGGCGCAACGUAUCACUUUUGACUCGUUGCUCAACACACGCAUCAAGCUUCAAAAAGGACUGUCAGCAAUUGACGAGAUGUCUAGCUCUGUAGUGAGUGGCGAGAAAGAUGCGACGGCAGACAGUGAUGAGGGGGCGGCAGAUGAGGAUGCGAUCAAAUCAGCUGAGUCCGCAGCACUUGCUCUUUGGUCCACCCUUGAGGAGCUACGCACUGCGCUUGCAGACGCUCACACCAAGGAUGGUAACAAGAAAAGGAAGAGACUUUCGCCUGUCACUCCUGCCACCGAAUCUGAUUUACUUUGGCAACGCAUGGCUGAUUUAGAAUCCGAAUCGCUGGCUCACCGCCGCUCUACCCUCGAUAAAUGGUCGUCUAAGGUCAGAGGCAACUCGUCUUCUCUCCCCAACGCCAGAGGCAAAUUGCUUGGUCCUUCUGGCCAGCAAACCAUUACUGCUGUUCUCGAUGCCCACGUUGCUACUGAACUUGGCGAUCGAUCGUCCAAACGUGCCCGUCAAUCUACCGGUGCCAACUCGUCUGAUGCCCCUCAACCAAUUUAUGACGACACUAUCUUUUACCAAUCGCUUCUGCGCGAUCUUGUUGAGCAACGCAUGUCUUCAUCGGAUGCCAUGACUGGUGGAAUGGAUACCCUCCACCAGCUGCCAUCUCGCCUACCUAUCCAUCCUGUCACCGGUAUGCGUAACGACAAAGUCAAACGAGACAUUGAUACCCGCGCAUCAAAGGGUCGCAAGAUGCGUUUCAAUGUUCACGAAAAACUUCAGAACUUCAUGGCCCCCGAGGACCGGGGCGUAUGGACGACGGGUGCCCGUGAAGAGUUCUUCGCUUCUCUGCUUGGCAGGACUGCGAGUGGACUCCUGGGCGAAGGUGAUGAGAGCGGUAGCGAGGAAGAGAGUGACAACGACCGCGAAGAAGGUGGCUUGAAACUAUUUCGCAACUGA